GUUUAUUAUCAAGCAUGUGUUAAACCCACAGAGCUCAAACAUGAUCUGCUUUGAGGUUCUUUCUAAUAAACGUGUUGUCACAAACCAUAAAACGUGGACCUGUAACUAACCCUUCAAAGAAAACAUUGUCCGUGUUUGUGUUUUAUGAGAAAUUAGCGCUAUCCUGUACUGUCAGAUUCUCAUGUAGCGCUUGACCGUUACCGGCGUGUCCUCUUUUGUAUCUCCAUGGAAACAAACACAGCAUACUGGCAAUGCUGCUUUCUAGCCAAGCUAACACCUCCUCGCUAACGCGUCCAUACACUGGGGAUACACUGAGGAUAAAGUUUGUAAGAAGCUAGCAACGUGAUUAUUUCAUGUUAUUAAAAUAUUCGGUCAAUGACAGCGAACACGCUCGUGCAGCAGUUAAUCAGCGACCUAACUAGAUUAGUUAAACGCGCUAGCUAAGUUAGUUCAGCAGUUCAGCUAGCUCAUGAAGUGACUAUCUAAAACUAGAACAGUUAUCUAAACUAAACUAAAGCACAACGACGCGACUGACUUACGACAUUCUAUGUUAGCAUAGUGAAUAUUCAUAGCGGAAACAGCACACUGAAGUGGACUAUGUUGUGAAAGCGAGCUCAUUUGGAUAGCUAGCUAGCUAACGAUACUACACCGAGACCUAGCAACCAUUCUGCUGUUUUAACUGGCCAACAUGAAGCGGAUAAGAGGUUCACACAGAGCCUCGUCUGUGGAGAGACUGAAAGUUUCCAGUAGACUGUUGAGUUCAGCAGCAGCAGCAGCAGUUUCUUCUUCUUCUCCUCCUCCUCCUGGCCACAGCCUGAGUCUCACAGCAGCGAAUGAAGUUGCAGCUGAACUCAGUGAUGACGAUGAAACAAAAUGCACAGGAACACGGUACAUCACAGAAGACUUAAUUAAGAAGUUGACCAAGCAAGAUAAUUUAUCUCUUGUGCGCUCCUUGAAUCUGUCCACUACUCAUGGAGAUAAAACCUUCAGGUACAUCGAGAACUUGGACAAGUGUGACCGUCUUCAAGUUCUCAGUCUUAGUAACAACAUCAUUGAAAAAAUGGAGAAAUUGGAGAGGCUUCAUCAGUUGCGAGAGCUGCACCUUUCCAAUAACAGAAUAAGGAAAAUAGAAGGCCUCGAGCAGAUGGCAAAUCUACAGAUUCUGAAUCUGGCCAACAACAGCAUUGAACAAGUUCCGCUGUGGGUUGGGAAAAAGCUCCGAUCCCUUCAGAAGCUAAACCUUCAGAAAAACAAGAUCUUUUCACUUCAUGAGCUCGCCAAAUUGAAGCUUCUAAAAAGUCUAACUGAGCUGAUGUUAGCAGAGAACCCUGUCUCUGACCUUCCCCACUACCGCCUCUUCUUAGUCUUCCACCUGAGAUCACUGGACGUUCUGGAUGGGCAGCCAAUCAGCGAGCAGGAGAGAGAAAAAGCAGAUCAGCGCUUUCACACUGAGGAGGUGGAACGUUUGGAGCAAGAGCUGGAAGAAAAAGGAGCAGAGAUAGAGCGACUGCAGGAGGAGAAAGCUGUAGCAUUAAAGGAGUUGGAACAUCAAGAGAAGCUCCAGCAGAGCCUGAGGCAGCAAAGCCAGGAACAACAGUGGCAACAGGAACAGCUUGAAAUGGAGCUGGACACCAAGUCCGAACUGCCAAUUUCCUCUUCACUUCUUACUACUUUCUCUAGAGAUCUUUCAGCUACAUUAAAGUUUCUGUUAGAUCAAUCAUCAACCAGUUCCCGAAGUCCUAGUGACCUGAAAUGUCAUGACUUUCUCCUGUGCCACCAGCUAAAACAGAAGACCACAGAGCUGACCUGGGCCUGCCAGAAGCAGUAUGAGCUUGAGCAAGAGCUGGCUUUUCAUAAGAUAGAUGCUAAGUUUGAUCCACUUCCAUUUUAUCCUAACCAUGACCAGGAGGGGGAUGUGCUGGGUGAGAGUCCGUACAUUGGAAAAGCCCGUCACAAAAGGAACACAUUUCCAUCGGACAGCAUAGAUACAGCGGACAGGCAUCUGGCCACAGGGGGUCUUGUGCAUACAGACAGAUUAGAGGAGGAUGAGUCUAGGCAGGACUUGGCAAGAGCAGAGGCGCGGCUACAGCAGCUGCAUACGGAGAUGGAGUAUAAAGAGCGACAGAUCCUGAGAGCCAGCGAGGAGCUGCAACAACUAGAAGAGGCAGCAUCUCAAAAACGAAUUUCAGAAGCAGAGAAAGACCAUCUUAGACAGGAGCUACACAUGAAGAUCCAGAAGCUGUAUGAGAUGCGGCAGGAGGCAGAGACCCUGGAGAAGCAGCUGGACAGGCAGAGUUCUGAGCUCAGUGAGGCUCAAGGGGAGCUGGACCAGCUCCAGAGCUUAAUGCACACUUUGAAGCCAGAAGACCUCAGACACGUUCAUGUGAAGGCUCAGUUGGCCAGUAAGAGUCAGCUGUUGUUAAUCAUGAGUAAGAAACAGCACGAGUUGGAAGGACGGCUAGAUGACAUGCUCAGUCGCAUUGCGAAGGAGACACAAGAGAUCAAAGAUCUAGAACAAGAGCUUACUGAGGGUCAGAUAGCAGCUAAUGAAGCAUUGAAGAAGGAUCUAGAGGGCAUAAUUUCCGGACUACAGGACUACCUGCAUGGAGUGAAGGAUCAGGCUCGACAGGCCCAGUCUGACUGUAUGCGCCUGCAGAAGGAGAAAGACACUCUCCAGCAGCUCCUCUGGGAAAAAGAUCAACAGCUCAGCCAACUGCAGCAAGUAGCCCAGAUCUGUGAAAACACAAAGGAGGAGUUGUUGCAGCACCAAGAAGAGUUGCAGGCUCUGCGGAGGGAGAACGUAGAACUGAGGGAGGCUCAAGGUCAGGUCAGUGACUAUGAAGCUGAAUUGGAGGCUCAACUGCAAGAGAGAGACUCUGAGGCCAGCCAUCUGAAGGAGGAGCUGAAUCGAGUGCAUCUGCUCAGUCAGCUGGAGCAAUCUGCACUGCAAGCGGAACUGCAGAAGGAGAGACAGGCUAAGGAGAACGCACUGGCUCAGCUGCAGCUAGCUGCAGAGAGAGAGCUGGAGAACACUGAACUCCUGCAACAACUCGACACUCUGCAGAGGGAGAAAAGUAAUCUAAUGGAGAAGGUCAAAGUCUUACAAAAAGACUUGCAGCAGAUCAAGAGGGAGCUGCUGUGCCCAAAACAAGUGGCCAAGAGUUUGCAGGGGCUGAAGAGAAUCAUUGCCACAGGAUCAGGGGAGCUAAGCAGAGUGAAUGGUGAUGGAGGUGUGCUGAGUGAAAGCUUGGCUGAACUGCAGGAAGAGCUGCAUCGCACAGUUUCUGCUGCUUUGAGAGACCGAGAUGAGGCCCAGAGUGCUCAGGAUAGGCUGGCACGUGAGCGGAACAUUCUUAGAAACAGGCUUACACACUAUCAGCAGAAAUACCAGAGUGCAUAUGAAGAGGCUGAACAGGCCAGGGCAGCAGAGAGGCUUGAGGAGGAGGCUGAGCUGCUCCAGAUGAGGGCAGAGCUGCAGGAGGCACAGGAGCAGCAGUACCUGACACUGCAGCAUCUGCAAGAAGCCAAGAGUGAGAGAGAUCGUCUACUGUUGGAGAAGCAAGACAAACAGGUAAAGGCUGAGGAGACACUAACACAAGAACAGCUACAGUCCUUGGAGCUGGAGUUAAGAGAGCUUAGGAGAUCCUUCACUAUGGCUGAUCAACUGACUGCCGAGCAGCUGAACGCUACCACGGACCAGCUUCGCUCGCUCCACAGCACAGUUCAGAGAAUCAGUGAGGAAAGAGCAGAGGAUGCAGAGGAGCUAGAAGAAUCCAGGAUGCAGGCUGCUCAAGCCAUGCAAGAUCUAACAAAGGCAGAGGAAGAAAUACAGGUUCUGCAGAAGCUGCUUCAAGACGGGGUUCAUCUAUCAGACACAGAUAGCCUCAGUGCCCCACACCCCAGUAUUCAACAGCAGGAGUUAGCCAGAAUGAAUCGAGUUUUGAAAAGGCAGCAGGUUCAGACCAAACGGCUUCGAGAUCAGCUGGCUCAGGCGCUAGAAGAUAACAGUGGAAACCUGGAGGAGCUGAUUGAGGAAAUAGAAACCCUUAGAGAUAGUCUGCUGCAGCAGAGCAGUUACCUGUCCAGGUUUGGGCAUACUCCACACAGCGGAGGAUGCUGGUACUAUGUACCAGUAGACCAAAAUCACCCCAGUCUUGGUUCUCAGGCUACACAGGACUCUGGCCUAGGUUCUCAGUAUGUCCCAUCACCUGACAGAGGCAAACAUAUUAGAAGCCAGCAGCACAAAGAGAGAAGACCCUCCUCCAGCUCAGGAUACUGGGUUUAUUCCCCCCACCCACAUGACCAACACACUUAUGGGAAAAGAGAGUCUUCAUACAGAAACAGCGAUGGUGAGAGUGACGAGAAUGGUGUUGGAGAAACUAAUUUCACCCCCCCACCUGGCUCAAUUAUCUACACCAUGCCCCCUGAUGGCAUCCAUCUUCCCCCAGGCAUGGUUAUCUAUGCCCCUCCUGUACCAGGCCUGGCCAUAGGCCCUGGUGCAGUGUUUUAUGGCCCUCCACCUGAAGGGCUCAGGCUGGUUUAUGGUCCUCCUCCCAGUGGUCUACAUAUCCCUCUAAUUCCUAAUGGCACUCUACACUGCAAUGUGCCUGGCCAUCAGGAUAUGACACACUGUUCAAGAGUGGCAGACCAUUCUUUAAGGGGGCAGCAGUCCGAUAGAGUGGCAAGUGAGCGGGAACUGCUCAGGUUGGAGGAGCAGAGAUCAGAGUUGCAGAUAGAGCUUAAAGAGCUGCGGGAAGCUGUGAGCCGACUUCAGCGCCACAAGAGACUGUUGGAGAGUUCAGUGAACCGUGCAGAAGAGGACUCUGUAAAGGAUGAGGUGGAAAGUCUGCAGAGAACUGUUAUCAAAUGCAGGACUGAGCUACAAGAGGUAGAGCGCCUGCUGUCAGAGGCUGAAGCGGACCUGAAAGAUACCAGAGCAAAGACCAAAGACACUCUGCAGCGCUACAGUGAAGCUGAGAGCCAGUUAAAAGAGACAGAAUGUGAGCUCGAGGAGAUUAAACAGCGAAACCAGGAUAGCACCAGACAACUAGUACACACCAAACAACAGCUCCGGGACCUUCAGGAAGAGGUAAAGGAUCAACAAAGACGUAAGCAGGAUCAGGAGAACACACUACAACAGGUGGAAAAAGUGAUUGCAGCUCGAGAUGCAGAGUUUCAAGAAGUCAACAGAAAUCUGAAGAGAGUAACCAAUAAAAUGGAGGACAUGCAGAAAGAGCUGAGAGAGAGACAGAGCCAGGAAGCAAAUCUUUUUAUGGGCUGCAGGAACUCUGAGGAUAUUCUACACACUCGCAGAACAGAGUUAGAGCAUCUAAACACCCAGGUGCUCCAGCAGAAGGAACAGCUGUCUUUGUUGGGGCGGAAGCUAGAGCAGUGGCGGGAAGAGGAGGACAUUGUGAGGGCGAAUGUGGAAAAGCACAGGCAGAGCCUGGUGGAGGUGCUGAGGCAGGGAGAAGUGGACGCACACAGUCUGCAGCAACACAUUAAGGAACUGCGUGUGGAUGUGCAGUCUCUAGCUGUGCAGAAGGGGGAACUGGAUUCCCAGCUCUCAGAGAGGAGACGGAGACUGGCUAAGUAUAAAAAGGAGGAGAAGAAAGUUCAAGAGAAAGUGCAGAACCAGCGUGCAUUCUUCAACAAGCACAAAGCAGAGCUGAAGCAUGUCCUGGACAUGAUCCAAUUGGAGAAUGUAGAGCUAGAGAGAGUGAAGGUUCAGCACAACCAGAAACUGGACCAGCUGGAGAAGAGCCAGGAGACUUUGCUACAGAUGCGUCUGGAAGUGCAGGUGGUGGAGAAGGAGCUGCAGGAGCAGCAGGCAGAGCAGGAGAGGCACAGAAGGCUGCAGGAGCAGGAUAUCCUCACAUUGAAAGAGCAGACUAAUGCCGCAGCCAUAGAGAGGAGCAGCCUGCUAGAGCAGUGCACCAGCCUGGAGGCCCGCCGCUCACAUGCUCAGAGAUGUCAGGAAACAGCAGAGGAGGGGGUGCGGAAAACAGAGGCAGAGUUGCUGAAACUGCAGGCAGAGCUGGCCAGGCUGAAGCAGGAGCACAGACAUGCCCAGAGUAUUCGAGAAGACCUCACCAGAGAUGCGGCCACAACCCAGAAACAGCUAGAAGAGAAAUCUAAGGAUCUGAAUAAACUAAAGGAAGAUGUUGCACACUCAACAAUUCAGCUAGAGAAAAUUAGAAAGGAGGUAGAAGAUGCUCGGCAAGAGCAGGAUGACUUUGUGAAGCAGCAGCAGCACCAGAAGGCUGUGAUGCAGGACAAAAUCCAGAGGAGACAACAAAGAAUAGACAAACUGGAACAGCAGCUGAAGGAGAUUGAGGCAUCUGUGGAAAAGAAAGAGAUGCAAUUUGAGCGACAGGAGGAGCGCCUGAUGAUCCAACAGCAGCAGAGUUUAGAGUUGGAGGAGCUACAGAGACAGCAACAGAAGAAGUUGCAGUCCCAGCUGCAGGCACUAGAGGAAGCUCUGUCAAAGCGAGUGGAGAAGAUGGAGCAGGUCACACUUGCUGUGGAGGAGCUAGAAGAGCAGCGACGCUUCUUGUUGGCAGAUCAGCAGCAGUGUGCUUUACUGCAGGACAGAGUAGCACAGCUGGAGCAAGACCUGGCUGAGAGUGAGGCUAGGCUAUGUGCCAGCACAGAGGAGCAAAGAGAAGCAAAGGAGGAACUUGAGACAUGCCGCUCUGACAUCCAGAUUCUUCAAGGAACUCUAACCAGUGAGAGGGAGCGUGCAGAGGCCCUGAUAAGCCGCAGUCUCUCUGACACUCAGCAGGCUGAGCUAUGGAGUUGGGGAGAGGGGGAGAGUGACAUGCAAGAGAUUAAGGACACUGUGCGUUCCCUGAGGGCUGAAGUACAGGCAGAACUGGACAGUGGUUUGAAAAAGCUGGAGUUGCAGCCCAUGACCACUUCAGACAUGGACGAUGAUGAGGAGAACCACACAUCAGCUACACUGAAUAUGGGAAAAGCAGCCUACAGCACCAGAGAUGAGCAGUGGCGAGGAGAAGUGCUGAGAGAGAAGCUGAAGCAACAUGAAGAUAAUCUGAAGGCACAGCUUCGCAGAUCCAUGUUCUCUCAGCAGGAGGCACUGAGUCUGCGCAGGCAGCAGACCGAGGGAAGCAUCCAGGGCCUGCGCAGACGAGUCGACAAGCUGGACCAGCUACUGACCAAGUCUGGCCAUGAUUUCCCUUACCUGAGUGACUCCAAAUAUGUGUGUUCAGACACUGAGAGGUGGUGGCAGGAGAGGGACAGACAGCGCUCCUUAAGUCCGAUUAGGCUGGACCCCACCAUUCCUGAGAAAGACCAAACACACAUGCUGAGCCAAGUGCAUUAAAGCCAAAACCUUCACUCUGGUUGGUACUGAAGCCAAGUCCCUGCGUGAAGGAGAUUCCCAGCUGUCAGCCUACAGAAAUGAUGUUGUGUCUAGGCGCGUCUGUGAGUACAUGAGGAGGGUAAAUCUGAAGGUGCAAAUAUUUUGGAUUUAUUUAGGUUUACUACCUCAGAGCCAAAAACAGUCAUUGUUCCUUUUUUUGCUUGAGUGUGAAGUUUAUACGAUUUUGUAAAUAAUAUUUUUUUUAAAUAAUUUUUGAUAAAACAAUGUGCCUCAUACACAGUGAUGUGAAAAAGUAUUUGCCCCAUCCUGAUUUCUUCUGUUUUUGUGUAUAUCUCAUACUAAAUAGUUUUAAAUCUUCAAACGAAAUACAACAUAAAACAAAGGCAACCUGAGUAAACACACAAUGCAGUUUUUAUUUAUUUUAUUUUUUUUGUUGUUGAAGCAAAAAAAGAUAUCCAACACCUAUCACCCAUGGGAAAAACUAAUUGCCCCUUUAAACUUAAAAUCUGGUUGUGCCACCUUUAGCAGCACUAACUGCCACCAAACGCUUUCGAUAACUGGAGAUCAGUCUCUCACAGUGCUGUGAUGGAAUUUUGGCCCACUAUACUUUGCAGAACUGCUUUAGUUUGGGUCCUGCUUCCGCAUCUCACUUGGUUCAAGUCAGGACUUUGAUUAGGCCACUCCAAAACUUUAAUUUAGCUUUUUUUUAACCAUUAAGAGAUGGAUUUACUCCUAAGCUUUGGAUCAUUGUCUUGCAGUUGAGUUUCUGAACUGACUGAAGACCGAACAUUCUCCUUUAGGAUUUUCUGGUAGAGAGCAGAAUUCAUGUUUCCCUCAAUUAUUACAAGUUUCCCAGGCCCUGAAGCAGCAAAGCAUCCCCAUACCAUCACACUUCCACCACCAUGCUUGACUGUAGGUAUGAUGUUCUUUUUGUGGAAUUCUGUGUUUGGUUUACGCCAGAUGUAACGGGACCCCUGUCUUCCAAACAGUUCCACUUUCCAAUCAUCAAUCCACAGAACAAUCAAUCCAUUCUCCCAAAAGAUUUGAGGAUCAAGGUGUGUUUUGGCAAAAUUCAGACAAGCCUUAAUGUUGUUCUGGGUUAGCAGUGGUUUUCACCUCGCCACUCUUCCAUGGAUGCCAUUUUUGCCCAGUGUCUUUCUGAUAGUGGAGUCAUGAACAGUGAGAUGCAAGAGAGGCCUGUAGUUCCUUCGACGUUGUCCUUGACUCUUUUGUGACUUGCUGGAUGAGUCGUCAUUGUCCGAUUGGAGGAAUUUUGGAAGGUCUGCCACUUCUGAGAAGGUUCACUACUAUCCUGAAUUUUUCCAUUUGGAGAUAAUGGCUUUCACUGUGGUUCUUCGGAGUUCUAGAGGACCUUUUUUUCAACUUUGGCAUAAUGUGUUACCGUGUAAGACCUUUUUACUAACUUCGUGCUGUUGGAAAAAGUUCUAUUUAAGUGUUGAUUUGAUUGAACAGGGUUUGCAGUUAUCAGGCCUGAUUGUGUCUAGUCCAGCUGAACCCCAUUAUGAAUGCAAUUUCAUAGAUUUUGGGAAUUAGUAACUACGGGGGCAAAUAAAUUUUCACACAGGCGUAGGUUUUCACCAGUAGGUAUUGGAUCACGUUUAUGCUUCAAUAACUAGCAUUAUCACUUAAAAACUGUAUUUUGUGUUUGCUCUGGUUGCCUUUGUUUUAUUUUUGAUUUUGUUUUAAUUUCUGAAGCUAUUUAGUAUGAGACAUACACAAAAACAGAAGAAAUCAGGAUGGGGCAAAUAAUUUUUCACAGCACUAUCACUGUGGUAUAUGCGACUGGAUUGAAUCUAUAAUGUACAUUCAGUAUUGAGCCAUGACUGGAGAUGUAAUGCCUUUUUACUAUUUUAUACACGCCUAUGAAAGUCCACUCCUUUUACCACAAAGUAAAAUAUUUAUUACAGCACUUAAUUUUAUAUGCAUAAUUGUUACUUAAAUGACACUUGUGUGCAAUAAAAUUAGUUAUUUAAA